GUCUCCGAAGAGACCGUAGUGGGCGACAUUCGCAAUAACCAGUUCCAGACCCUAAACAGGAGGGCGAAGACUGUGGCCGAAGCUGACUUCUUUCCACCUGCACUCACUUCAUUCCUCGCUACCCUUUCGCUGUCCAGGCCACCAUGUCCGUAGGCAACGGCACCCCAUGGGGGUCGGCAGUCGGGGAGGAGGUCUGGGCGGGCCCCGGAGUACAAGUGGAGGACUCGGAGCUGCCCACCUUCUCAGCUGCAGCCAAGGUCCGAGUGGGAGUAACCAUCGUGUUGUUCGUGUCUUCGGCUGGAGGGAACCUGGCGGUGCUGUGGUCAGUGACGCGACAGCAAUCCAGCCAGUUCCGCCGCUCUCCAGUUCGGCGACUCUUUGCCCAUUUAGCAGCCGCCGACUUACUGGUCACUUUUGUGGUUAUGCCCCUAGAUGCCACCUGGAAUGUCACCGUUCAGUGGCUCGCGGGGGACAUCGCAUGUCGGAUACUCAUGUUCCUGAAGCUCGUGGCUAUGUAUGCUGCAGCUUUCCUGCCUGUGGUCAUCGGGCUUGACCGCCAAGCAGCAAUCCUCCACCCGCUUGGACCCCGCUCAACUGGAAGUAAACUUCUGGGAGCAGCCUGGGGACUUAGUUUCCUGCUUGCCCUGCCCCAGCUGUUCCUGUUUCGUACUGUCCGCCGAGCUGGCCCAGUCCCCUUCACUCAGUGUGUCACCAAAGGCAGCUUCAAGGCUCGAUGGCAAGAGACCACCUAUAACUUCUUCACCUUCUGCUGCCUCUUUCUGCUGCCACUGACUGCCAUGACCAUCUGCUAUAGCCGCAUUGUCCUCAGUGUGUCCAGUCCCCGAACAAGGAAGGGGAACCAUGCCCAUGCCGAUGAAUUUGCCCUCCGACGCUCACCAGACAAUCGCCCCCGUGUUCGCCUGCGGGCCCUUCGACUGGCCCUGCUUGUUUUGCUGACCUUCGUCCUCUGCUGGACACCCUAUUACCUGCUAGGGCUAUGGUACUGGUUCUCUCCCACCAUGCUAGCUGAAGUCCCUUCUAGUCUCAGUCACAUCCUUUUUCUCUUUGGCCUUCUCAAUGCUCCCCUGGAUCCUCUCCUCUAUGGGGUCUUCACCCUUGGCUGCCGAAGAAGGCCCCAUGAACUUAGUAUUGACUCUUCCAGGGAAGGAGGGUCUGGGAAAAUGACUCAACAGGGGACUCAAGUUCCUAGGCAACUGGAAUUACAAGCAAACGUGGCAACAUGGGCAGGACAAACAAGAGACAUUCUUCUUACAUCCAUUCACUCACAACAGGACAUGCAGGAAGCAUGAGAGUAUUUCAUUCCUAUUCCUUCUCUCUUAGCUUCCAAGGAAAAGAAACACUUAAGUACUGAUAUGCAGGGCUAGCAUGAGGGUGUUUCUUCCCGGGCACGUGCUCUCUGGGUUGCAGAGAACUCUGCCGGAGCCAGCCUAGCCUGCUGCCUACUCAGCGACGCGGGAGAGGAACCAGGAACUCUUGUGGCUGAGCUGGAACGCAAUAUGCCCUCAUUUAUUGAUCAGACACAUUGCCUUUUAUGUAUCUCUUCACCAGAAGUGGCAAGGGGGAAGGAAAUGACUAGAAGAGGGGACGGAGCAAAAAAAAAGAGUGGGAACAGAACAUAGAAACUUCCAUCUAACCAGUGGGGAUUAAACCAAUACCCUGCAGGCAGGGCCAGUCUCAGGCAAGACAGUGAUUAUGUAAAUAGAUCACAGCAUCAAGCAGUGCAAGGGAACCUGACGUGAUGACCAACACAGAUAGAAACAGAAGGGGUCUUUAGAAGCAGAAUUAGCCAAAGGAGAAAUGAUGACCAACACUGAUAGUAUAAAAAUUGAGACUAUGUUUAAUGUACAAAACUCUCACAGGCAAAAGAACCUUCCCAGUCACACCAUCUACCUUCCUACAAAUAAUGUUUCAGAGCUGCAAUGUUAUGACAGCAAGGUGACUUUAAAGUAGAAAACAAAAAUGGAGUAUUUAUUCUAAAUCAAACACUAGGCAAAUAAUAUAAGAGACGAAUAUAAACACAUUUGAGGUUCACCCCCA